GUCCGAGAUCAGUUGAAUGCUGAAUAUUCUACCAAACGGAGCAAUGUUGAAAAUAAUAUUUUUUGUGACUUUAAUCUUUGCUGUCGAAAUUCACUGCGAUGGUGAAACAGUGCCAUGUGCAACCAUAGAAGACAAGGAAUGUCAUUCUGAUUUCUGUAAAGAUGCAAGCUCGACAACUUUCAAAACUUGCUCCAUAACUCAGAGAAUAUGUCAAAAAGGAACAACAUUAUCAGAAUCUCAAAAUGACACAGUGACAGCAGUGGAUUUUCAAGUGGGUGGUUUGUUUCGGUAUUUGCCAAACAAUAUCUCAGAAGCUUUUCCAAAUUUAAUCGCUUACAAAGCAAGUUAUUGUAAAAUUCGAGAUAUUCACAAAUUAAAUUUUCAUGGAUUAGCAAAAUUGUUAUCACUUAACUUGGAUGACAACUUCAUCUUGAAAAUAGAAUCAGAUGUUUUUGACAGUUUAACAUCUCUAGUUCAUCUGUCACUGGCAAACAAUAAAAUUAAAUUGAUUGACUCGGGCGCCUUUAAUGGGUUAACAAAAUUAAAUUCGUUGUCAUUGCAACAGAAUAUUUGUGUAAACAAAUCUUUUAAUGGCAAAGACGAGAUGGCAACCUUGAAUUCGACAAUAAGAUGCGAUGAAGAAGCUCUGAGCGAGUUCAGCAUUAGCUUUCUUCAAACGUUGAAUGCUCAUAAACGUGACGAAUGCGAUGUUUGAUUUCAUAUCAACAAACUUUUAUUCUACGAGUGUUUAAAUAAAAACAAAUUAAAAAUAUCUGACUGAUGUUUUCAUUCAAAGCCAAUGCUUGUUUUCAACAGAUUCAAUCAAUCGAUGAUUGUCAGAGCUGAAACAUAUUUAAGCAGCAUUUGAUGUUCCGAGAUCAAACUCAGCGUAAUGGUUUUGUUUCCGAAUGACAUCGUUGGUCAUUGUAUGCUGCAUGACUCCAAUUUUUACAUCCAUUUCAGCAAUUUCCUCCUUCAAUCUGACAACUGCCUUCUUAAUAUUGAUCAAUGGACUUCCAUCACUCA